AUGGUGUUCAGACCAUAUAUCAAACAUAUCCACGUCUAUAAAACCCAUCUCACCACGGAUCUCCGUUUGGAUGUAUACCUAUCCACAAGCAACAAAGGGUCAAACACGCCCAAGCCCAUUCUCUUGUGGUUUCAUGGUGGCUACCUCGUCACAGGCAGCCGCACCGCCAUUCCCAGCUGGCUUCUCAACCACGCCCUUGCUCAUGGCUGGACAUUAGUAUCACCAGACUACAGGGUUUUGCCAGAAUGCACCGGUUUCGCGACAACCGAAGAUCUAAUUUCGGCCUAUGAAUGGGUCGCAGGUUCCCUCAACCGUCUACACCCGGAUUGCAAUGGAGACCCUAACCAAAUAAUUCUUGGUGGGGCCAGUGCCGGGGGUUGGUGCGCCUUGGUCACUGCGCUACACUUUUCGUCCGCAUCAUCGCAGGAAAAGAACAGGAUCCCCCGUCCAAAAGCGCUUUGGCUCCUUUACCCGAUGUCGGAUAUCGGAAACGAGAAAUGGGCACAGAGAGUCUCACUCCCUGGAGCGACGGUGGAUCUGGCUAUAGCGCAAAAUUUGCUCCUAGAGGAGAUCCCCCGAAGGAUUGCGCUGGGGGAGACUAGUGUCGGGGAGGACUUCCCCUCGUCCGAGGAGGAGCUCCAGACGAGGAAACGCUUACCCUUGCUCUACGCUAUUCUAGAAAAAGGGGCGUUUCUCGAUUACUUGACGGGGAUAUCUGGGUUCGGGGAGAGACUUGUGAGUGUUGGGUUGGAAAAUGCAGUGGAAGAUGAACUGGCGAAGAGACUUUUCCCGCUUCAUUGGGGCUUGUUUGGUUCUGAUUUUCCAGCAACUGUUAUUGUGCAUGGGACUGCAGAUAGGGAAGUUUCUUGUGGCGAAAGUGAGAAGCUGGUCGCGAAGUUGCAAGGAAAUGGGGUUAGGGUGCAGUAUUAUCCCGUCCGUGGAGCUGAUCAUGUUUUCGACCUGGAGUUGCAGGAAUGUCAACAAGAGGGUGGGGAGCACGAGCCAAGUGUUAUCCUUGCACGGUCUCUGCAGGCUCUGCAAGGGUACGUCGAUAGAUAG